AUGGCUUCUUCUGUGGAAAUGACUGUUAACCCCAAGAAUGGAAACUCACAAGGGGACAACGCCAAAGAUGCCGAAAUCCAAGGAGACAAGACCAAAGAUGCCGAAAUCACUGUCUGGGAUACGCAAUCUGACAUAUCAAAGAAUUCAAAGCGUAUUUCCUGGUUUGUGAUUUUUGCCAGCGCGCUUGCCAAUUUCUCGGAUGGCUAUCAGAACAAUUUGGUAAAUAUUGCCGUGUCCGCAAGAAGGGAUUCGGGACUGAUGGAUCGAACAGNNUCUUCACAUACGAAUGUGGUUUUCAGCCACACACUCGGAAAAGCAUACACUUCGACAAUCCAGACCAGGAUAUCGAAUGCCUUGCUCGUUGGUGCUGUCAUAGGCAUCGUUAUUCUUGGCUAUACAUGUGACAUCUGGAGUCGACGAGGAGGACUCUGGGUCACUUCUUCUCUCGUUGUGAUUGGCAGUUUGCUCGCCACUCUGGUGUUUCAGGUGCAAGGACAGGGUGUGGGAGAUAUGAUGUGGUAUAUGACCAUUGCAAGAGGAAUUACUGGUGUCGGUGUUGGAGGGGAGUAUCCUCCUUCUGCCGCUGCUGCAUUGGAAGGCAGUAACGAGGUAUGUUGGAGAUUUCCACAAGAAUCCCCCGUCAACCUGAGAAGGAUAGGUUUACUGACAACAACACAUAGCNAUUACGAUCACAUCAGAGGACCCAUCCAAGUACUUACCUCAACCCUGAUGGCCACCUCAGCAGCACCAAUCUGCACAGCCAUCUACCUAAUCUCUCUCACCGCCAGCCACAACAAUCUCCGCACCGCUUUCCACGCCAUCUACACCAUUUCAAUCUUCCUACCUUUGUUGGUUGCAUUCCUCCGUUUCCGCAUGCGCGACGGCAUCCUCUUCCGCCGCAACAACUUCAAAACCAAACUCUCACCUCCAUACCUGUUGGUGUUGAAACGCUACGGAUGGAGAUUGCUAGGCACCUCUUCUGCAUUUUUCAUCUACGAUUUUAUCAAUUUCCCCAAUGGCAUCAUGAGUUCGGUGAUCAUCAACAAUGUGGUGCCGGGCAAGGAUGUACGUCAAACAGCCAUUUGGCAGUUUAUCCUUGCGUUGCUGGCGGUUCCUGGUCCGAUUGUUGGUAGUUAUCUUUGCAACCGCAUUGGCCGUCGUUGGACGGGUAUAGCAGGUUGGACAGGCUACAUCAUUCUCGGUUUCGUGAUUGGCGGCUGCUACACCCAACUCACGCAAAACGCCAUCGCGGCUUUUGUGGUGCUCUACGGCUUGAUGCAGUGUUUUGGGCACAUGGGUCCGGGCGCCACCAUUGGUCUUAUGAGUGUGGAAUUGUAUCCCACAGCAGUCAGAGGCAUGAGUUAUGGCAUCUCGGCUGCGUUUGGAAAAGCUCNNGGUGCUGCGGUGGGGACGCAGGUUUUCACGCCCAUCAGAGAUGCUGCGGGUCCGGCGUCCACAUUCUAUUUGCUUGGUGGGUUGUCAAUCUUGGGAGCGGGAAUCUAUUAUAUCCUGCCUGAGGGACGGGAAUUAGAUCUUGCUGCUGAGGAUGAGAGCUUCAACAUCUAUCUCAGGAGUGAAGGGUUUGACAAAACCAAGGUCGCGACUAAACGAGGGGAAGUGGCUGUUGCUGUUGCUGCCGUCAUGCUCGACACCACAAUCGCGGAGAGUCACGAAAUCAAGAGAGCUGGUCUUCGCAACAAUGCG